AUGUCUUCCAAAACUUCAGCAAGCGUGCAAGUGCGCACCACAUUGCCAAUCCGCCCACUGCCACCAAACACGGAGCGCGCCGCCAUUGUGACCGAGCGUUUAACGAUCCGGCCCUUCAGGCAGGAUGAUUUACACGGCUACCACCUCUUGCGCACCCAGCCCGAGGUCAUGCUCUUUACCGCCGUCGGCUGUAUUGACAAGGACCUCGCCGAAACCCAGAGCAAGCUGGACUUGUUCCUUGCGCCCAACGAUGCGCAUACAUACAAUUUUGCCAUUUGCAUCUUGGACACGGGAGAGCUUAUCGGUGUGGGAGGCGUUCAUAAGAUGAAGUUGGAGCUCGGUUGGCCCGAGGUUGGAUACAUGUUGAAGCGCGAGUAUUGGGGCAAAGGAUACGCCACCGAGUUCUUGAGAGGCUUUGUGGGCUCAUGGUGGAGGCUAGAGAGACAGGAAGCCGUCAUCACAAUCGAUGGCUACUCGGUCGACGUGGAUAAAGAGACAGAUGGGCAGAGGCCCGCUCCAGAAUACCUGACUGCAAUCAUUGACGCGAACAACGAGGGUAGUCUGCGCGUCCUGGAGAAAACAGGAUUUCGAAAAUUCAAAACAUGGACGGAGCCAGACAGUCGAAUCGGUUACGAGGGAAAAGAUAUCACUUUGAUUAGAUAUCUUCUUGGGCAAGAAUAA